CAAUGAAUUUCGGAACGCAGCCAGAGUAAAUAAAUCAGUUUCAAGUAUCAUCGUGCAAAGGUAAAAAGUAAUUACCAUUAUAAAUUAGUUAAUUUGCAUUAAUGUGGCAAAAAAGAAGAAUACGAGGAUUAAAAUUAUGAAUUUUACGGAAGAUUCAGAUAAGCAGAUUAUCGUAGAUGAUCGACUACAACAUUUUAUUGAAACUGAGACGAAGAAACAACAAUUUCAAGGAUUAGUGCAUGAACUAACAGGUAUUUGUUGGGAGACUUGUAUGGACAAACCAUCACCACGCCUGGAGCCUAAAGUUCACAAGUGUCUUGUAAAUUGUGUGGAAAGAUUCAUUGACACUACUAAUUAUAUUACAAAUAGAAUAGAACGUAUUGCAACAAAUUUGCAACCUGAAGCGAAUGGUUUAGAAUAAUUUCAUCAUUCUGAGGAUGUAUCGUACUUUAUUCCUCUUCUGUCAGUUAUAGAAAGUUGAUAAUAUAUUUAUAUAUUGUGUGUA